AUGGAUAUCCAAUAGAAGAUUGCCCAUUAUUAUGAGACUGUCCUUUCCAAAACCCAUCUAAGAACCCUACUUGAUAAUGAUGAGAGAAACAAGCAUUUGGUUACAGAAUUCGAUGGAAUUUUGUUGGAUUAUUCUCACGAAAAAGUAGAUGCAGAAUUGAUUUCACAAUUCCAACAAUUAGCUGACAACACAAAUCUUUUUGCCACUCUCAAGGAUAUCUAAUCAGGAAUCAAAUUUAAUUCCACUGAAAAUAGAGCAGUAUUACAUACAGCCUUGAGAACACCAGAAGCUUAAUAGGUUAUAGUGGAUGGACAAAAUGUUAUUCCAGAUGUCUACUAAAUUUUGAAUAGAGUCAAAACAUUUACCGAAUCCGUUCGAUCUGGAACAUUUUUAGGAUACACCAAAAAAUAAUUGCUAAAUACAGUUGUCAUUGGAAUUGGAGGAAGCUAUUUGGGAAUUGAAUUCAUUUAUGAAGCCUUAAGAACACAUCAUGAAGGACAAUUGAAAUCUAAAGGUAGAUAACUAAGAUUUUUGGCAAACGUUGAUCCCGUUGAUACAAUCAGAGCAUUACAAGGCUUGAAUGUGGAGGAAACCAUUUUUGUCAUCAACUCUAAGACAUUUACAACUGCAGAAACAAUUAUGAAUGCAAAAGUAUGCAGAAAUUGGAUUUUAGAAUAAUAUAAAUUGUUGGGUCAUGAAAAUGCUAAAGAAAUAUUGGAAUCCCAUUUGACAGCUGUAUCCACAAACUUGGCAGAAACAGGCAAAUUUGGAAUCAAUGAAUAAAGAGUCUUUGGAUUCUGGGACUGGGUCGGAGGUAGAUACAGUGUCACAAGUGCUAUUGGAGUCUUGCCACUGAGUCUCUAAUUUGGUUAUGAUUAUAUUGCUCAAGUCUUAAACGGAGCUCAUUCUAUUGAUUAACAUCUUGUGAAUGAGAAAUAAGUCAGCAGAAAUCUACCUGUUCUCUUGGGAUUGUUGGGAUGGUAUAGAGCAAGCAUCUAAAAAUAUCAAGCUUUGGCUUUGAUUCCUUAUGCUUAAUGCUUAUUGAGAUUCCCUGCUCAUGUCCAAUAGGUUCAUAUGGAAAGUAAUGGUAAAACAGCACUUGUUUAUCCUGAUAAGCAUGAAUAAUAUUUAAAAUCUGCCUGUCCAUUUAUUUUUGGUGAACCAGGAACAAACUCAUAACAUUCCUUCUUCUAAUUGAUUCAUCAAGGAUCAUAAGUAAUACCCUGUGAAUUUAUUGGUUAUGCUAAAUCUUAAGCUGAAACUGGAGCAUCUAAUCCAGCUGCUGUAAGAGAUUAACAUGAUGAAUUGAUGUCUAAUUACUUCGCUUAAGUUGAUGCUUUAGCAAGAGGAAAGACAAAGGAAGAAGUCGUUGCUGAAGGAGUUAAAGAGGAAUUACAACAUCAUAAAGUAUUCCCUGGAGACAGAUGCAGUUUACAGAUUCUAUUCCAAAAUGAAGCCAAUCCAUAUAAUGUUGGAUAGUUAUUGGCUCUCUAUGAACACAGAGUUCUUGUUGAAGGUAUUCUUUGGGGAAUCAAUCCAUUUGAUUAAUGGGGAGUCGAAUUAGGAAAGGUUCUUGCUAAAAAUGUUAGAUCAGUUCUAUUAAAAAAUGUUGAGAAUCAUUAGAAUUUAGAUUUUGCAGGAUUUAAUGCUAACAGUGCUACCAAAAACCUUAUUAGUCAUUAUAGAGCAUUUUAAGGAAAGUAAUGAUUUACAAUAAAUCCAUAUUCAUAUCAAAAAAAGAAUUAUUGUUAUUA